AUGCACAAAAAGAUCUGUAAGGAACUGGUGGCUUGGUACAAACAAAAGGCGAAAGACAUUGUGCAGGGUGCCUUGUUCCCAGAAGUUGGACUGAAUCCGGGAGUCGACCAUGCAGGAGGGGUUGGUGGGCUAGUGGUUGUUCGCGACAUCAACCUAUUUUCCUAUUGUGAGUCUUGCUUGCUUCCAUUUAGCAUCAAGUGCCAUGUUGGCUAUGUGCCAUCCGGAGGGCAUGUCGUCGGCCUGAGUAAGCUAUCGCGAGUUGCAGAUGUAUUUGCAAGGAGGUUUCAGCAUCCUAAAAGACUAGCAAGUGAAGUUUGUGCAGCAUUGCAUAACAGCAAUAACCCGGCCGGUGUUACUGUCUCUCUUCAAUGUUGGCACAUGAAAUUUAGCCAUUUGUGUGACACCAAUUUUACUCAUUCGACCAUAUCAGAUAUGCAAAGUUGGGGAACAGUUUUAGCUUCUUCCAGGUCUGGAGUUUUUAAGGAAGGGAAGAACUCUUUGUGGGAUGAUUUCACUUCUCUUCUGAUACUAAGUGGGAUUUUACAUCCAAGGCUGAAGGAGCAUAUGGAGCAUUGCAUAAAUCAUCCAGAGGAAAUGAGCAAACUUUCAAAGCUAAAAGCUCAUAUAAUUGAGGUUAAAGGAAUAAUGAUGGACAAUAUAGAAAAGGAUUUGACGACAAUGUGA